AUGGCGAAGCUCCGGGUGGCUUACGAAUACACGGAAGCCGAGGACAAAAGCAUCCGGCUUGGCUUGUUUCUCAUCAUCUCCGGUGUCGUGUCGCUCUUUAUCUUCGGCUUCUGUUGGCUCAGUCCCGCCCUGCAGGAUCUGCAAGCCACGGCGGCCAAUUGCACGGUGCUGUCGGUGCAGCAGAUCGGCGAGGUGUUCGAGUGCACCUUCACCUGUGGCGCCGACUGUAGGGGCACAUCACAGUAUCCCUGCGUCCAGGUCUACGUGAACAACUCGGAGUCCAACUCCAGGGCGCUGCUGCAUAGCGACGAGCACCAGCUCCUGACCAACCCCAAGUGCUCCUAUAUUCCUCCCUGUAAAAGAGAAAAUCAGAAGAACUUGGAAAGUGUCAUGAAUUGGCAACAGUACUGGAAAGAUGAGAUUGGUUCCCAGCCAUUUACUUGCUAUUUUAAUCAAUUCCAAAGACCAGAUGAUGUGCUUCUGCAUCGCACACAUGAUGAGAUUGUCCUCCUGCAUUGCUUCCUUUGGCCCCUGGUGACAUUUGUGGUGGGCGUUCUCAUUGUGGUCCUGACCAUCUGUGCCAAGAGCCUGGCAGUCAAGGCAGAAGCCAUGAAGAAGCGCAAGUUCUCGUAGAGGGCGGUAAACAUGUGGAAAGCAAAGCACAGAAGCUGCACCUGUCGGCACACAUCUACCUGCAGAGCCUGUUUCUGGCACAGGAGAUGGAAGGGGCUGUGAGAAGCUCAGAGAGGCUCCUCCCUCAAUGGCAGCAGCAACAGGCACAAGUGGAAGACUUGGAACCUCAUAGAUUGUAUUCUAUGUGCUGUAGGGAUGGCUAAAGAGCCAAGCUCUUAGCUGUAUGGAGUAAGUUUUAGGAAAUCUGAUCAAAUGUUAAUUUUAUUUGGA